AUGAGCAUUGUGCCAGAUCCAAAUUCAAAUUCAGGAUCGUCUGCCAAAUCGAGUCCUCAUCGACCACACCCACGCAAGAAAUUCUCACAGCAAGAGGAUAAUAUGUUAAUAAAACUCAUAAACGAAAAUGGAACAAAUAAUUGGGAAAACAUAGCCCGCUUGAUGCCGAAUAGAAAUGCCAGACAAUGCAGAGAAAGGUGGGUUAACUAUCUCUCACCUGAUGUUUCAAAUCAUCCAUGGACGGCCGCAGAAGAUCUUUUACUUGAACAAAAGUUCAAAGAAAUUGGUGCAAAAUGGGUUAAGAUCAGUAAAUUCUUCAAAAGUCGAACUGAUACAAUGCUCAAGAAUAGAUGGCUCGUCCUCACAAGACGCGCCAAAAAAUUAAUGAAUAAAAACCAACAACCACCAAUAUCACAAGAACUACCUAAAGAACCUGUACUACAAGCACAAUUGCCACUCCCACCUACUGAUAAGCCAUCAAAAUUACCAAGUUUAGAUCCAGAAAAGAUUUUGCCUAACAUUGCAUUUCUUCCCAUACAUCCAAAAUGGUCUUAUAAGCAACAACAAGUUGAUCUACCACCACAACCUGCUCCAGGAAGCUAUCAUUGA